CAAGAUGGAAGAAUACAGCAGCUGCGGGAGGACAAUAUUUCGACACUGAAGACUGAAACUAACGGCCGAGUGUGAAUCGAUCAAGUCAAAUCAGCAGGUUGUGGUCAUGCAGUGCUUGACACUGAUCUGCACCUUGUAGUUUCCCUACCUGCCCACAUAUAUUCACCAUGAGCAUUAUCCAAGACAAAAUAGGAAAUGAAUUCCUGCGCCCCAAUGGGGGUAUGGACCCCAAUUUUGGCCCUGGCAUGAUCAUGUUCAGCCAUCUUCCCCCAGUGACCAGCUUUACUCGGCUGGCUGCCCAGACUGUCAUGCAAGACCUUCCACCACAAGACAUGAUCCUGAAGAAGGAGCGUGACUCACCAGAUUGCAGCGGUGGGACCCUAGGUGGCAGUUUGGGGUGUGGUGCGGUGGGAGACUAUGUUCAUGCAAUGGGCAUCAAGCAGGAGAAGCUGACAGAGCAUGAUUACCGUUUGCCACUGUACCCUGGAGGUGCUGGCAAGAGCACUGAGCUGCUAGAGGUGUCAGUGGGCAACCACCAGACUCUGUUGGUUCAUGACCUCAGUGUGGGCAAUCUGCCAGGUCGGUUAGGAAAGGAGUCCACUGGGAGAAAAGGUCGAAGGUCAAAUGGUGAUGGACAGGAGAUGAAGCCCAGAAAGAGACAAAGCGAGGCAAAGCAAUCAAUGAUGCUGGACACAGAUGGAGGCUGCCUGUCGCCAGGUGCAAAGCCACACAUAUGUGAGCACUGCAGUGCAUCUUUCAGAAGCUCCUAUCACCUGCGCAGACAUGUCCUCAUCCACACAGGUGAAAGGCCAUUCAGGUGCAGUCAGUGCAACAUGAGUUUCAUUCAGAAGUACCUCCUUCAGCGACAUGAGAAGAUCCACAGUGGAGAGAAGCCAUUCAGCUGUGACCAGUGUAACAUGCGUUUCAUUCAGAAGUACCACAUGGAGAGGCACAAACGGACUCACAGUGGAGAAAAGCCAUACCGAUGUGAGACCUGCCAACAGUAUUUUUCCAGGACAGACCGAUUACUCAAGCACAAGCGAACCUGUGGAGAAGCCAUAAAGAAAGGACUGGAACCUGGGAUGCUGGACCUUGGUUGUGCAGAUAUGGGGCAUGGCAGCUAUGGAAUCACUCAGGGAAAUGGUGGGGCUCCUGGCAGAAAACGGGGAAGGUCCAAGAACUCUGGAGAGGGAGGGGAGCGUAAGAGGAAAAAGGGUGUGGGAGGAGUGGGGUUAGCAGCCUCGCAUGUUCAUGGAGCAAUAGCUGAAGGAUAUGGUGUUGAUGAAUACUCUGCAGAAAAUCAAACUGCACUCUCCUCUGCUGAGCCAGGACCCAGCAUGCAGCUGGGGCACCAGGGCCGAGCUCCAAAGAUGGCAUUUAAGAAAGCCAAUCGUAAGGGGCUGGAGAAAGUGGGGCUGGGACAGGCGAAAUCGAGUUCGGUGGAGCAGGGUGGGGGCAUGGAUGGCCUUGGUCUCAUGCAGAGUAACGGGGCCAAAGCAGGCCCCACGAGCAGCAACUAUGACGAUGCCAUGCAGUUUCUCAAGAAGAGACGCUACCUUAAUGCAGCAAACAAUGCAUCCACCAGUGAUUAUGAGGUUAGUGUGGGUCACUUGUCUUCCCAACAGUCGGUCAUUCAGGGUGUGAUGGACAGCGACACGCCCCUGAGUCUGCUAGACUCCUCUCCCAUGGGGGUUGACAAACACGACAAGACUGGGAUCCCAGAUGAGGUGCUGCAGAGCUUACUGGAUCACUACACACAAAAAUCCGACAGUUCGCACCAUGAUGUGCAUUUUGACAUCAGUGACCAGCAUGUGGAACUCCAUCCUCCUUCAACUGAUGGUACUGACGUAGGCCAUAAUGCUGAUACCCCCAGCCCUUCUGGAGACAAGGCUGUUAUCAUGCAUGAGUACUCCCGCUUCCUGCUGCAGGCAUUGGAGCGCACCAGCAACAGCACCAACUUUUCUUUGGGCCCUGCACCACCGGUCUCUGGAACUUUCACCAGCUCCCACCUUGGUAAUCCCCUCUACUCUGACAAGAACAUCUACACUGCUUCUCCCCUGGAUUGUGGGUUUGGCCAGUCAGUGGCCUCGCCCUCCCUGCCCUCCUCCAUGCCAAAGUCACACUUUGCAAUGCUGUCAGGCUCUUCGCCACAGCACAGCUACCAUCUGAGCAGCCUGGAGCCUUCCACUCACCAGCAGCUCACCCCAUCUCAGGAGCUUACUGACCAGAUAGAGAAGCAGCACUCCUCCUCUCCCCCUUCCUCAUACCAGAUCAGCCCAUCAGACCUGAGCAGCCAGAAGGAUCAGCAGCCAGCCAAGAAUGGUACCACAGGGUAUCCUCUGGCACCCUCACAGGAUCUUGCUCCUCUAGAGACCUCCAAACCUUCCUAUCAAAUAGCGAACUUUGCCCAGGCCUUUGGCUCUCAGUUCAAGUCCGAUGGCCAUGGCUUGUCUUAUGGCACUGACUCCAGCGGGGAGGGGGACCACAGGAUAAGGACACCUGUGUCUGAAUUCUCAGGGUAUAGUAGUUUGUUAGUCAAUGUAAGUGAGCCAGCAAGUACAGGUUCCAAAACUCCAACAAGCCAAAGCUUCAGAUGA